AUGAUGCUGCUGCUGCUGCUGCUGAUGCUGGAUGCCUUCCACGUAAAUAUGUGUUCACCUUUUCUCGGCAAAUGCGGCCAUGAUGUUUAUUUUUGUAUUGGUUUCUCGAGACAAACUGAUUUACAUUCGAAUGUGCAAUUCAUGUGUUUUGUUUGUUCCACACAUAAGCCUCUAUGUGUCGUAUCUCGUUAUGAUGUCAGCUGCCACACCUACAUCUACAUCUUCUCAGUGAAACUGUGGUUAUCCAAAUUCACCUUGCAGAUAGGUCAGACCUUAUCUCAAUUUUUCACAAAUCAUCCUCAGUGCAGGUUUGGUUUAUACGGUUUCUUUACACAAAGCAAAUUGGUGAGGGCGCUAACUCAUUGCCCUAACUGGAUUAUUUGUGGAUAUUUUUGA